AUGGCACAUCCACCCCCAUCAGCAGCAGCAGCAGAAACAGAAACACCCCGAGACGCUCUAACCUCCCGUAUCCUCCCGCAAAUGACCUUUGGCAAAGGCUUGGGCGUAACAGGUCCCCCGUUGUCCCCAUCUCAAGGGAUAACCAGCAGGGAGAGAGCCCAGUCCCGCUUCUCGGUAAAGGGAAACGCUAUAAUAACAGGCGGAGCAGGAACGCUCGGCUUCGAAGCCGGGCAAGCCCUCCUCGAACACGGCCUAGCCGGCCUUAUGAUCUUCGACGUAAACCCUGCCCAAGCCCAAGCAAAGGUCGAUCUCUUGCAAGCCGAAUUCCCAGCCACCAAGAUCAAGGCGUUGGAGGUAGAUAUCACCGACGGCGAGGCAGUCGCCAGGGCCGUCCAGCAGACCGCCGAAAUCCUCGGGUCCGUCGACAUCCUGCUCUGCUUCGCCGGCGUCGUAGGCUGCACCCCGGCCCUCGACAUGACAGCCGCCCAGUGGCGACGCACCCUAGACAUAAACACCACGGGGGGCUUCCUGUGCGCGCAAGCGGCCGCGAAGCAGAUGAUUCCGCAAGAGACGGGCGGCAGCAUUGUGUUCGUCGCCUCGAUCUCCGGACAUCGGGUUAACUUCCCACAGCCGCAGGUCGCCUAUAACGUGAGUAAGGCGGCUCUGAUCUCGCUGAAGAACUGUCUGGCGGCGGAGUGGGCGCGGUACGGCAUUAGGGUGAACUCGAUCUCGCCGGGUUAUAUGGAUACGAUUCUGAAUGAGGGGGAUGGUAUUGCGGAGGGGAGGGCGAUUUGGGCGGAGAGGAACCCUAUGGGGAGGAUGGGAGUGCCGAGCGAGCUCACAGGGGCAGUUGUACUUCUUUCCAGUAGUGCGGGAACGUAUAUGAAUGGUACCGAUGUAGUGGUUGAUGGCGGGCAGAUCCUCCUGUAG